AUUCUCACCAUCAAAAAUUUAUCAUACUCAACAAAAAUCUAGCUGCUUCCUAGUUCUUUUCUUGGUGAUCAUAUAAAUUCUCAGCAACUCAAGUGAUGAAGAACGUUUCUUUGUUUAUAUCUGUUCUGCUUUUGACAACUCUCCUGCAUGAAGCUCAAGGUAUAAAAAGCAGAAAAUUACUUGUUACAAAAACAAGCGGCUCAGCUUCUCCUCCUUCAAAGAAUCAUACGAAAAUUGAAGGAAAUGCAAGCCAAGGUAAAGACAACGGCCAAGUGAACAAGAACCAAGAAAACUUCUCAGUGAAGUCAUCACCAGUUGUAGAGCAACCAGAGGCUGCUCCGAAACACUAUCCAGAUGUGGUGGACCUUGCAGGGAUGGAUUACUCUCCGGCACGAAGGAAAUCUCCGAUACACAAUUGAUCUGAGUUUAUUUAUACAUCAUACAUACUACUCCAGCUGUUAGAGAUGAAGCUGAAAAAUAUACUAGUUAGUAGUCUGCAGAAAUCAUGCAUCAAGUUAGGGUUAGGAAGGUUUUGUAUAUUAUAGCAUUCUGUUUUAAUAUUGUAGUGAUUUACUUGGCUACUUAAUUGAUACUAUUUGAUAUCUA